AUGCGAAGACCAUUGCAUUGGCAUCGUUACGGACGAAAAUUCCGAGCGGCACAAAAAGAACUUUUGAACAAGAGUCAAUUGAAACUAAAUAGAACAAAAUGUUCAUUAACAAUAAAAACAACCAAACUAAUUUCAGCUAUUCUCGUUCCAAUAAUGAUUGGCGCGUUUACUGUUGUAACAACACUUCAAGAAUCCAAACGUGUUCAAUUGCAACGUGAGGCUGAUAUGACAAAACUUGAGCGACAAGCAGAAUUACAACAAGAAGCUGAAAAACGACAAGGAGAAGUAGAUGCUUUGAAAAUAAAAGAACAACAAGAACACGAGAGCCAGUCUGCAAAAGAAAUUCGAAUGCAAAAUAUUUAUGAUACAUUCAUGAAAGAAAUGUUACCAAUCGUUCUCAAAGAAAACAUUAAUAUUACAAUACCAGAACUAGUGUUUGCCCGAGCUAAAACAACGUUAACAUUGGACCAAAUCGAUCCAACACGAAAAUGGUAUUUAGUUAAAUUUUUAUAUGACAAUCAUUUAUUGUAUGAAAACAAACCCGGUAUGAGAUAUAUAGACUUGGCAGAUUCAGAUUUAUCGAACGUUAGAUUUGGUGCAAACAAAAAUCCUAUUUUACGACUUGAUCUACGUGGAAUUCGGUUAACAAGAAUUCAAUUAAGAAAUUCUUCAUUUGGUAAUGUUGUUUUGAAUCAAGCGAAUUUCGAAUAUAGUGAUUUGAAUAAUUCAAAUUUUAUACAUGUUGUUAUAUUGGGUGCCAAUUUCAGACAAACGAUAUUAGAAAAUUGCAAGUUUAUUCUAUCACAGUUUCAAAAUACAUCAUUUAAAAAGUCACAAUUAAAAUUAUCAUCAUGGACAUCAAUAUCAACAACACACUUAUUAUCUUUUAACAAUAUUGAUUAUUCAUAUUGCGAUUUAAGUGAAGCAAUAUUCCACCACUUAGUAAUAACAACUAGCGUUAGACUUGAUGAAGCAAAUUUGGAACGUGUAACUUUUUCUGAUAUAAAAUUGUCAACAGGAACUGUUUUCAAGGAUUUAAAUAUGAAAAUGUCAAAAUUUAUUGAUGUUUCAUUACUCGAUGGAAAGUUUUUUCGAUGCAAUAUGAUGGGUGCAAUAUUUAAAAAUCUUCGUUGGAAAAAUGUUCUUUUUCAUCAUGUUGAUCUUCAGCACACACAAUUCGAUGAAAUGCAUGGAUCUGGAAAUAUUGAAUUCAUAUAUGUCAAUUUAGUGGGUUCAAAUUUGAAUAUUACUAAUGAUAAAAUAAAACAGAUAAAGGAUUCAUACCUACCUAAUGGAACAUUUAAAACAUCAUUUACAAAGUUUGGAAUGAAUUUAAUAGAAAAUAGUGAUGCAGAACGUGGUCAAUGUUAUUAUGGAAAUCAUAGUUCAACAUCAGCUGCGCCUCAUGGUUGGGUACGACAAGGUGAUGUUUUUCAGAUGUAUUAUAAUGACAUCAGUUCAGAAAUUAAUUUUACAAAUUAUACGAGUGAUUUGCAGUCAUGUUUUUUUUUCGCUGGUUAUCAAUAUCCAAACCAUAAUUCAAAAGCAAAUCUGCAUCUAAUUCGACAAGAAAUCAAUAUUGAACCGUUAACUGUUUUAAUUAAUGCAAGACGAGCGAAAUUUCUUGCUAGUGCCUAUUUAGGUGGUUUUGAAAAUGAACAAAGUUCGAUAGCGAUGCGUCUUCUAUUCAGAACAGUAAAAAAUGAAACAGAAGUGCAGACUGUGGGCUCAGUAACAAGUCUCCUUCGAAAAAACAAAACAGCAAUGAUAUUUCGUUCAACAAGUGGAAUCAUUCCAAAUAAUACAAUAUCAGUUUUUACCGAACUCAAAUUUCAACGAGAAGGAGGUAGUCGCCCGACUAGAUUUGGAAUGGCUGAUAAUUUAAAAUUUGUCAUUCUACAAGAAUAA